CCGGAAGUAGGGGGGCACUGCUGUUUUUGCUGUCGAGUCACCUCUGUGGAGGAAAAUGAACUGCGAUGAUAAUAACAAUAAUGCUCAAAAACGACGGUUGCAAACAGUCUAAUAUUAUAAACCCGCAUAGUUAGCCAAAAAAGGUUACUGUUUAUCUCCGCCGCUGCAUCGUUUGGAGAACACUGCCGAAAUGAUGGAAGAAAUCGACAGGUUCCAAGUGCCUCCGGUGAACGGAGAGACACAGCCUCUGGACCCAGCAGCAUCUUCUACCUCAAAGGCAGAUUCUGACACCAAAGGAGAGACUGUGGCCAUGAAUUACAAGCCGUCACCACUGCAAGUCCAAAUAGAGAAACAGAGGGAUCUUGCCAGGAAGGGAUCAGUGAAGAAUGGGACUGUGGGAAGCCCUGUCAAUCAACAACCCAAGAAGAAUGCCAGGACAAGGUUGGUGGUGCCAAACAAAGGCUAUUCCUCUUUAGACCAAAGCCCAGAUGAGAAGCCCUUGGUUGCACUGGACACAGAUAGCGAUGAUGACUUUGACAUGUCCAGAUACUCUUCAUCGGGAUACUCCUCAGCCGAGCAGAUCAACCAGGACCUAAACAUCCAGCUCCUGAAAGAUGGCUACCGACUAGAUGAGAUCCCUGAUGAUGAAGACCUGGAUCUGAUCCCUCCUAAAGCAGUCAAUCCUACUUGCAUGUGCUGCCAGUCUGCUCCUUCCACAGCUUGUCAAAUCCAGUAGUAACACUCCCCCCAAAUAAAUAAAUGAAAAUAAUUAAACAUCUCCUGCCUGCCGCCUGCCCUGAGGCCAGCUUCCUACUACACUGGCAGCACAGAGUAGUCACUUUUGGAAAUAAAAUAACUGCUGCUGACAGACACGAAGGGAAAAGAAGUGAUUGACACAGGAUGCGCCUUGCGAUACGGGUCGGUAUGUACAGCGUCUGUUCACAUUCCUCCUAUGGUAGGAUUUGUGUGGAAGCUUUUCCUCCAAGGAAAACAUGGAAAAGUUACUUUUGCUUUUCCAUCAUUUGACUUCUGUUUCAAGGUUGUAGACAUUGUGGCACACACAGACUAUUUGGAAUGUGCACAGUAGUGGAAGAAAAAAAAAAACAUGAGGAAAAGAACUUGACUACAAAGCUUAUCAUGGUGAUUAUGUCUCCUUUCUGUGGCAGUGCACCAUCCAUGGAAUUAAUAUUCUCCUGGUGUGUAAUUUAUAAUCAUUCAGUACAGCUGGAUGUUUUGUUUUAGGAAGUUUUGCAGUAGCCAAUAAUGUUAUUCCCCAUUUUUCUUUGAACUAGUCUGCUUUGUCUUCCUGUGUAUAUAUGUGUGUCAAACAUGAAAAUUAACGUGUAUAUGUUGAGCUAUGUUCAGGAACAGUAGUGCUAAAUGACAAUAUUCCAAUCCUUAUGUAAGUAAGGUCUAAACACUAAAGUAGCAACAUGAUGAUUUGUUUUAUGUGUUUUCCUGAGGUUGUGCUGCUUGUUUCACAUACUAGUUUUUGCAUGUUUCUUAUCAACCCUGCACCUUAAUGUUAAGUCUUUAACUCUAAUACAUGGUGCUGUGUUGAUUACACAGUGUGUGAGGUGUAAU